AUGUCCUCACAAAAAUCUAAAGAAGUACGUCGUCUUCUCUCCACGACAUUGCAGCAACGUCAGCAAAAAGCUUCAAGCUCAGUUGCUUCAAGAGUGAAUCACCCUUUUGCUAAAUAUGACGACGGUAACAAGCUCAUCUGUAUUGUAUGUUCCGUUCAGAUUAAAAAUUCUGCAUCCUGGAACACACACUUGAUCAGCUUGGGUCACAAGGAGUCCUUAAAAAGACUAAAAGGUGCAAAGGAAAAAGUAGUAGAUUCUUCAAAUACCAAUAAAGACCGAAACAAAAUAAAAAGUACCAUUCUUCCCUUCAAUGCGGCAAAAAAAACUGGCACGGAAAAUGUGAUUACUUUACUAUCCGAAAAUGAUAAGAAGAGGUCAAUAGAGACGGAUGUAAAUGAUGACAAUAUCAAGGAAUCGUUAGUCGAGUAUGGUUCUGAUGAGGGUGAUGAGGAAGACGAACAAGUGAAUCCAAGAGCAAAAAGGGUCAAAUUCGAUAUUGAUGGAGCGGUAUCUCAAAUUUCCCAGGACGCGGCUUUACCAAAUGACUUCUUUGAUAACAAUGCUAAAAUGGAUGAAGACAACAAAGAAAUUUCUAAUGAAGUGUCCUCUGCUGAAACGCAAGAACAGAUUUCUGACCAAUUGAAUAUGGAUAUAGAUAAAACACAAGCAAAAGACUCGGUCGAGACAAUAGAUCAAAUGCUUCCGGCCGACUUCUUUGAUGAUCCAUCGAAAACUACAUCACAUAAAUCCAUGAAUGUAGCCCACCAGGAAACUAAAACCGAAAUAGAUGAGCAAGAGUGGGUGCAAUUUCAAAAACUCAUCUCCAAAGAAACACAAGUCAGUAAUCAAAUCGCAUUUGCGGAAGAGGAAGAAUUACAACGGGACAGGGAUGAGAUGCUAGAAAGAGAGCAAGAGAUGUGUUUCGAAAGGUCGGAACGACUAAAGGCUGCAGCUAAACGUGUCAAAGAAACCAGAGAAAAGAAGAUGAUCGAUGUUAUCGAAAAGAGAAGCACGGAAGAACAAUUUAUGUUUUCAUGGCAAAUAAAUAAAAAUUGUUAG